GAGGAGGUAGGAGGCUGCCGGUACAGACUGGGAGUUUAUUGUGAGGAAUGUGUAGUAGCACUCAAACUAAUUUACCGCACCGACUGCGCCGCACUCCCCGCAGGGCUUCAUCCUCUUGUUUCGGGUGCAAACGCGCGCGCACUGGAUUACCUGGACGUCGGCUCCAUAAAACGACUUUUAUCAUGCGCGUGCUUGCAUGAGGAAGACAGAACGCCGUCUCUUUCGCGUGUCUUCAGAAGAAGAAAUACUUUAAAUUCAAGCGCGAGACCCCGCAAAGAUGAGCACGAACGGAAUGGUGACGAAAAUCCACACGAGGAUAAGAGCUGAGCCUUUCACAGCCAACUACGAGCUGGUUGGCCGAGAGCUGGGCAGGGGAAAGUUUGCGGUGGUAAAAAAGUGCAUCGAGAAGGCAACCGGGAAGCAGUGCGCCGCGAAGUUCCUCCGAAAGCGACGGAAGGGCGCGGACUGCCGCAAGGAUAUCUUAAACGAGAUCGCCGUGCUGGAGUCGGCCAAAGCAAACCCCUACGUGGUGGCCCUGUACGAGGUCUACGAAACCAACGCCGAAAUCAUCCUCGUUCUGGAGUGCGCCGCCGGUGGCGAAAUCUUCAACCAAUGUGUUGCCGAUAACGACGAGGCCUUCACCGAGAAAGAUGUAAUCCGGCUGGCCAAGCAGAUCCUGACGGGCGUGGCCUUCCUGCAUCGGAACAAUGUGGUGCAUUUGGAUCUGAAGCCCCAGAACAUCUUGCUGACCAGUGCCAGACCACUGGGGGACAUUCGCAUUGUGGACUUUGGCUUGUCCAGACGCAUGGACAACCUCACAGAGGUCAGGGAGAUCCUGGGUACCCCCGAGUACGUCGCGCCAGAGAUCCUGAACUAUGAACCCAUCAGCACUGCGACAGACAUGUGGAGUAUCGGGGUCCUGACCUACGUCAUGCUGACGGGCGAGUCUCCCUUCCUGGGUGACGGGAAGCAGGAGACAUUCCUCAACAUCUCCCAAAUCAACGUUGACUACUCGCAGGACACGUUCGAGGGGAUCUCCUCGCUGGCCGUUGACUUCAUCGGUACCUUGUUGGUUAAAAACCCCAGGAAGAGAGCCACGGCAGAAGAGUGCCUCGACCACCCCUGGCUGAACUCGCUCCCCCACCCGCACCCGCACCCGCACCCGCACCUCCACACCCGGUCGGGCUCCUCCGUGGACGAGCCGGAGACGAGCCAGUCGGAGUCGGAGCCCGAGAGCCCGGCUCCCUGCCCCGAGCUGGACCUGAUCGGCUCGUACCUGGCGUGCCCGGGCCAGGGCGGGCUGAAGACGGGCCGCGACGCCUUCUCCUUCGGCGAGCCGCCCUUCCCCACGCGGCCUGAGAUCAAGCAGGAGCUCAUCUGCUGAACGGCGUUUCGGCAGGUGCGGGGGGGGGGGAGGGGGAGGGCGGAGGGAAGAGACGGAGUGGAGUCGAGCUCCGCGGAGCAGACGCUCCGAGCUGGUGAGCCCGCAGCUUCGUGGGCUCCCACCUGACACCGGGCCGUUGCCGUAGGGACGCUGUACGCCCGCUGAUGGCGGCUUCAACUGCUGUGAUGCUGGCUUGUGUGGAGCCGUCUGCACGUGUUUAGAAUGAAUGGCCGCUUAUCCGUGCUGAUUUAGGAUUGUACCGAAGCGAUGCGCGAGGAGGAGGAGGGAUGCAGGAGGAAAAGAGGCGAGGAGUUUUUUCGCAGGAGCGCAAUGCUGCCUUUAAAAGUGUCUGCGCCGGGCGUAAUGCGCGCUAGAUUCCCCCCCCCCCCUCUGCACGCACUGGUUUCUUCUUUCUAUCCUAUUAGCCUUUGGAGGUUCAGCGAGAAGGCCGCCUCGGGUUCAAUGACUUCACUCACUGUGUGCUCGCAUCAAAACAAGUUCUUCUUCGACCGACCCAGACAAACCUUCUGUGAUGAGUUUUGUUAGAAGAUUUAAAGGGGUUUAACACAUGGUUGUGCUUAGCUAGAGAGUUAAAGCAAAGGACUACUCCACUGUUUAAUUUAUGACUGUUUUUCAUGCCACUUCACCCCCAAAAGACACAAAGCCACAUCAAUCUUCUUCUUUUUUUUUUUUUAGGACAAUCUGAAGCACUUUUUAUUUUCCUAUUGGACAUGUUAUGUUAUAGUUAAAAACCAAAGGCUCUUCAAGCACAGUCGUCUGUCGGCACAAUGAACUGUACAUGUUAACCAUUUCCCACAAUCUACUGUCAUAUUAUCUUUAUUCACAAAGUGCCACUAUUUUUUUUU